CACUAUAGGGAUCCAUAGUCUGAGCUGCUCCUGGUUCUCUCCUCCCAAAUCUCUCCAUUACCCUAAAGACAGAUGUUCACUUCUCGCAUAUAAAGCUCCGUCCUUUGCAACGCUCUCUUCAACGCUCCCGUCUCUCUCUAGACUCUCCCUCUCUCUGUCUCUCUCCAAAUCUCCAUUUCUGGCACGGUAGAACCCAGGAAAAUCCUUGUCUACUAUUCUCAUUUGAUGAGAUAUUGCUGGUUCUGAAGCCACAUUGAGGUUUCUGCAAUGGGAAGUGGUUUUGACUACUCAGUCUCAAGCCUUCUUUGCUCAGAAACCCAUACUGUGUGCUUUGAUGAUCUUGAUUGUAACGCCAUUGAUGAGUUUUUUCCUUGGAAUUUUCAAAACCAUUAUCAAAACCCGAUUUUUAGAAACAGUAGAUCGGAGUCCUGGAUUGAGUGCCCAAUGCUUAGCGAAGAGCGUCUCAGAGAAAUGGUUGAGAGAGAGGGGGAGUAUAUGCCUAGAGAUGACUAUCUGGGGAGGUUGAGAAGUGGGGACUUGGACCUGGGUGUGAGGAGAGAGGCUGUCGAUUGGAUUUUGAAGGCUCAUGCUUGUCAUGGCUUCGGACCACUGAGUCUUUAUUUAUCUAUAAACUUCCUGGAUCGAGUCCUAUCGGUCUACCAACUUCCUACUAGAAGGCCUUGGAUCGUGAGAUUGUUAUCUGUAGCCUGUUUAUCAGUAGCAGCCAAGGUGGAGGAGACUAACGUGCCUCUUUCUAUAGAGUUACAGGAGGUGGGAGACCCCAGGCUUAUGUUUGAAGCUAAAACCAUUAGGAGAAUGGAGCUUCUGGUGUUGACCCACUUGAAGUGGAAAAUGCAAGCUUUUACUCCUUGCUCCUUCAUAGACUACUUUCUCAGUAAGGUUAAUGACCAUAAAUAUCCAUCAGGCUCCUUAAUCUCUAGAUCAAUACAACUCAUCUUAAGCACAAUUAAAGGUAUUGACUUCUUGGAAUUUAAGGCUUCUGAAAUUGCUGCAGCAGUGGCUAUAUGCGUUUCCGAAGAAAUACAAGACAUUGAUAAGGCUAUGUCAUGUUUGAUACAUGUAGAUGAGGGAAGAGUGUUGAAGUGUGUUCAACUGAUCCAGAAUGCGGCAUUGCUGGGUGCUUCCACUGAAGUAGCAGGUGCCUCGGCAGCAUCUGUGCCCCUGAGCCCAGUUGGGGUGUUGGAUGCGGCAUGCUGGAGCUAUAAAAGUGAUGAUCUAACCGUUGGGUCAUGUGCAAAUUCUUCACAUAAUACCCCAGACGGCAAGAGGAGGAAACUAGAGAGACCAUCUGGAGGGGGAGAUUUCUGAGUCAUGAAACGUGGAUUUUGCCCCUUCACAUCACACCCCCCUCUUCCCCCCAAGUCCCCAAUCUGUUUGGUUGAAUGGGAGUUUUGGUGUGGCUUGGACACAUAGGAGCGAGGGAGAGAGGGAGAAGUUUUUGAAUGAGGUGGUGGAGGGGGAAUCAACAAGUUUCAUGCUUUUUAGCCUGAAAAGGAUAACUCCCCAGCUGUUAAUUAUCAGAUUUCUUUCUUAACAGCUAUAGCUAUACAAGUAGGUGGAGGUUGAGGACCAAAAUUUGAAGUUUUCAUUUCUUUUGUUCA